CAAAACAACAUUGUCGAUGUUCAUUUAUAAAAGAAUCCGACUUUUUGACUUGACCGUCUCUUUAUUUUGACGUAUCGACAGACUUGUGAACGCGGUUCCGCAUUUUUCAACAUUCACCACAACACUUAUUAAGCUCUUGUGCGUUUUCUUUUUUUUUUUUUGUCACAUCUCUUUGGAGUGUUGUUGCACUCACGUCGAGCUUCCUCGUCUUUCUUUUGUAAUACAUAUUGUUGUAUGUGAUAAUAAAGUGCGUCCGUGCAAUUAAAACUGAUAUCCAAAAACACGUGUUUUGUAUAACUUUUUUUUAUUCAAUAAAUAUUCAACAUCGCUACGGGCUCGCCACUGUUCACCAGUAGCAUCCAUCCACCGUAACCGUGUCAGUUUACCUUUUCAAUGGAAUAACAUUUCCGGUGAUAAAAUAUAGCAUCUAAGGCAUUUGUUGUAGGUAUUGUUAAAGUGUAAUAAAUUUGAAAAUGAUGGAAGUAAAAGAACAAAUUCAUGUCAUUGAUAAUCAAGUGACUGUUGAAGAAAUUAUUAAGGAUAUAGUUAAAACAAAGGAAAUAUUAGAUCCAUUUUAUGUAUUUGAUGUUGGCGAUCUUGUGAAUAAAGUAAUAAAGUGGCAGCAAACAUUACCGCAUAUAAAACCUUUUUAUACUGUGAAAUGUAACGACAACUCGCUCGUACUAGAAAUUUUGGCUGUGCUUGGAAUAAACUUUAAUUGUUCUUCCAAAGGUGAAAUAAAAAAAAUCUUGGAUCUGGGAGUGAACUCUUCUCGUAUCAUUUUUUCUAAUCCUGCAAAAAUAGCUUCACAUAUCAAAUAUGCCAAGAGCACAUGCAUUAAUUUAACAAAAUUUGAUAGUAAAUGGGAACUAUUCAAAAUAAAGUCUUUGUAUCCAUCCUGCGAAUUGCUUAUAGAACUUAGUUAUGGUGCACAGUGUCCUCUAGGUAUCAAAUUUGGGUGUAAUCCUCUAACCGAAGCACCAUCAUUAAUGGCAAUGGCCUAUAGUUUAGGGUUGUCUGUAGUUGGAGUAAGCUUUCAAGUUGACUCAAAAUACAAUGAACCGACAAUUUUUAGAAAAGCAAUUACUGCUUCAGCACAUAUUUUCAAAAUUGGCCAGAUAAUAGGUUUCAAAAAUAUGCGCUUGUUGAGCAUUGGUGGCGGAUUUCCUGGAAAUAAAAACACUUCUUUGGAUAAUGACAUUACAGAUAUAGUGAAUGAUACACUUAAUAAAUGGUUCCCUCCAAAUAAUGGAGUGACCAUAAUAGCAGAACCUGGUAGAUAUUUUGUGGCUUCAGCAUUUACAUUAUCUACAAAAAUACAUUCAAUUAAAAAUCAUUCAAAUGAUGAAAAUCAUAUUAAAUAUUUCAUUAAUGAUGGAGUGUAUGGUUCUUUUAAUAAUAUUCUUUAUGAUCACUCAGUUGUUGUUCCUAAAUCUUUAUAUGAAUUUCCGAUGCGUCCAAUUUUUCAAAGUUCCAUCUGGGGACCUACUUGUGAUGGUUUAGAUCAAGUUGUUAAAUUUGUGAACAUGCCACUGAUGGAAAUGGGUGAUUGGAUUGUUUUUGAAGACAUGGGAGCUUAUACAAUAUCAAUAGCUAGCAAAUUUAGUGGAUUCUCACUUCCCAAGAUCUUUGCUGUCGCUAAUGAUAGUAUUUGGAAAUAUUUGAAAAACUCAACAUCAAUAUCUGAAAGUUAUUUUUCAACAAUGCCCAUUAUUGCUGUUAUCAAAACGAUGCGAUCAGAAUCCAGUGAAGAUGAUCAUACAUGGAAUGAAAACGAUUUGUAAUAACCCAACAAAAUACAUAUCUUUUUAUCCAGUAAUUCUUUUUUUUUAUCUGAAUUAUUAAAUGUUUACUUAUAUAAUAUACCAAAUUCUCAUCAAUGAGAUUUUAGAAAUUAUGAGUUUCCUGUUAAAUAUACCAAUAAAUAUUUUGGUCUGUCUUUUGUUAACUAUUUGGGACCAAUAAUUUUUAAUUCUAUGCCAUAUGAUUUAAAAAAUAUAUAUAAUAAUGGGUGAUAGUAUGAAUAUGAAAUAUGCAAUGUACAAAUAUUUAUUUUUGGAAUUGGCGAAGAACACUUUGUGUAUGUAUAUUUUUUAGUUAUUCUUUGUUUAUUUUAUUUGUAAUGUUAUAUAACAUCUAUAUUAUAAUAUACUAUGUGUUUGUAAUUCUAGUAUUAGUUGUUAGUCGUCAAAUCAUAUUAAUUAUAUUAUUGUAUAUUGUAACUGGUCUGUAAUCAUAGGAGACCAGCGACGAAUCUCUGUGAUAAGUCAGUACUACGACCGUGACCAUACCAAACUGUAUCACCGUAUUGUCGUACUGAAGUUGUUGCCGUUUUGUUGUUAAUUUCCUAAUUAUUUAUUCAAGUGUUAUUAUUAUUGUUUUGUUACAUUAACUUUUUAAUAGUAAUCCACCAACACCAUACCAAUUGAGUUCAUUUAAUUGACGUUUUUCCCAUGUCCAAUAAGUCCUAAUUAUUAAAGUCUUACCGACCUCAAACGCAAACAAAUAUACAGCCCCACAAACAAAAGGAACACUAUGUAUUUAUGAUUUUACAAUUGUUAUUUUUAUAAUUACAUUAUUCAGAUUGAUAAUCUCUUUAUCUAAUUAUUUUAUUACGUUGUAUUAAUAUUUUAUGCUAUGUUAUUUAUUUAUUUUUGUUUUUUUCUUAACUACAGUA